CAGCUUUAAACUCCUUUGGUUUCCUCCCUCAGGCCUCACUCACUGCUCAGCAACCAAAUGGAGCCGCGGCUUAAAACCAUUCAUCUCUGACACUCGCUCAGCUAUAUUCGUGAAACGCUGAUUCACACAAGCAAAAUGAGUUACAGAAGGGAGCACCGUGGUUCGAGAUCCUCUCUCUUUGAUGGCCUUGAGGAAGGCGGUCUAAGCGCGUCCUCCUCGUACUCCCACGAAACUAAUGAUCAUGACAAUGAAAGAGCUGUGGAGAGUUUGCAAGACAGGGUUUUAUUACUUAAGAGAGUAACGGGUGAUAUACACGAGGAAGUGGAAAGCCAUAAUCGUUUGCUUGAUCGUAUGGGCAAUGACAUGGAUUCAUCAAGGGGUGUGAUGUCAGGAACCAUGGAUCGAUUCAAGAUGGUAUUUGAGAAGAAAUCUAACCGGAGAAUGUGUACUCUUGUUAUGUGCUUUGUGGUUUCCUUCUUAAUUAUAUUAUAUCUCAUCAGUUGAAGUGCCAAACCCAUCUUAAUGCAAUCAAAACCGAACAGCCCCAAAUAACAUCUAUUGCUGCCAGUCAUCAACGCACUCAUCUUCAUCAUCAAAACCCAACCACCCUUGGCCUGUGGCCAAAGUCAACCUUGAACAGUUGGCCAAAACAAUGACUUGACACUCCACUAACUCCAGUAACGCUAUUGAUGAGCACUAGCAGUGCCGCCUGGUCCUUGAAUUUGCCAAUAUAUGAGUUGAGGAUCAGCUUGAGAGUUGAGAGUGAGUUUUCAAAAAAUAUGACAAUAAAAACUUUUAAUCCUAUAUUGUCCUAAAAUGCAAGUUAGCUUUUUCAGCCAGGACAGACCAAAAGAACCCUAUUUUUAAACUGGUAUGUCUGGUAAGUGUACGGAUUGGUGGCUUGUACAAUAAAUUCUACUGGUUCCGGUAUGUACAGUAUUUGUAACUUAGUUUGGGGCUUCAUAAGCUGUAUGCUUUGAUAAUUCAAUGCAUGAAAAGGCAUUGGUGAGGAGCUUGCAAGCCAUUUAGGUCUUCAUUAGCUGUGCUCCUUAACAAUUCCAUGCAUGCUAUGUUAAAGCUACAAACCUGUUUUACACCUAUGAAGAGCUUUGUGCUCAUAAAUGCUUUAAUCAAUCAAUAUAGUGAUGAAGGUUUUUAGUACAAAUUUGCUUGCAUGAUAAAUGAGACAUCAAGGGGAAAUAGGUGUUGUAGUUUGCAUGGCUUGAACAAAUCUGUGCUGUUGAUGCUGAUUAGCUUAUUUCU